UGACUUUAACUUAAAUUUUAACCGCGGUCAGUUGUUUUGUAACUUUUGUAAAGUAAAAAGUGACUUGCAAAUAUUUUAUUCAACAUCAUUAUAGUGAUAAUUAUUUAAUUUGCUGUAUCAUGCAUUCGAUGCAAUUAAAUUUCAAAUGUCAUACAAAAGUUUAAAAUAAGUUGAAUUUUUAUUUUCAUUGUGCAAGUCACCUGCGCGUUAGACUUACUAGUGAUAAAUAAUUUUUGGCCGUAAAAAUAAUCGGCACGGAAACGGGACAUUUGUGCGCGAGUCUUGAACUCUCGCACACGUUUUAAGAAACUGUCACGAUGUUAACAUUAGGAUUAUUAAUCUGGGCACUAAUAGUGAUUGUUUUAUUUAAAUUAUAUCAGAAAUAUGUGGAGAGACAGGUGUUUUUAAGUAGAAUUGCUCAUAUUCCGGGGCCGCCAUCACGUCCUUUGGUUGGUAAUGGGUUGGAUUUUAAAGGAACUACAGAUGUUUUACCUGUGAUGAUGCAGUAUACGAAAGAAUAUGGUCCUACAUACAGACUUUUUCUUGGCGCUGAUACGAAUAUAGUGACUUCUGAUUUGAAAUUUAUUGAGUUUUUGGUAACAUCAACGACACAAAUUACGAAAUCAUUGAGUUACCGUUUUCUUGAUAAAUGGUUGGGAACUGGUUUAUUAACAGCGUCGAAUCCUAAGUGGAAGAAGCAUCGACGUCUGCUUACUCCGACAUUCCACUUUAAGAUUUUAAAUGAUUGUAUUCCGAUUUUCCACUCAAACGCACAGAAUCUCAUUGAGCAUUGGAAAGGAUCUAAUGGGAAAAUGGUUGAUAUACAUAAGGAUGUUUUACUUUGUAGUUUGGAUGUGAUUUGCGAAACUGCCAUGGGAAAUCCAAUAGGCGCUUUAAAACAAAGAAAUGGUUCACAUUAUGUCAAAGCAGUCAAACACAUGACCAAAAUGGUAGUGGAACGCACGUUUUCAAUAUGGCGUCAAUUCGAUUGGAUCUAUCAAAUGUCCCCAGAGUACCAAGCGGAUAAAAAGAAUACGGCAUUUCUUCAUGGUGUCACAGAAGGGGUUAUCAAAGUAAAACGUCAAAGACUAGCUGAAAAAGAAAGUAAAGAAAGUAAAGACAAUGAAGAAGACCUAGAUGAUAGUUUUGGAAAAAACAAACUCGCCUUCUUAGAUUUGCUUCUAAAAUGCUCCACUGAAGAAGGAGGCACUUUAACUAACGAAGAAAUUAGACAAGAAGUUGAUACAUUUAUGUUUGCAGGCCACGAUACCAUUUCUUCAGGAAUGUCUUUUACAUUAUAUCUUCUAUCACAACAUCAAGAUGUCCAAGAAAAAGCUUUUGAAGAAGUAUCUAAAAUAUUGGGUGAAGAUAAUACCAUCACAAUGGAAAAACUAAACGAAAUGAAAUAUCUUGAAAUGGUUAUCAAAGAAAGUUUGAGGUUAUUCCCUCCAGUUCCUAUGAUUGGCAGAGAAUUUACAGAUAACGUCGUUUACGAUGGUGAAGUAUAUCCUAAAGGCCUACAAAUAACAAUCCUUCUCUACGCUGUCCAUCGAUGCAGUGAAAUCUACGAAGAACCAAACAAAUUCAACCCAGAAAGAUUCACAUCAGAAAACUGUGCAAAACGAUCAAACUACGCCUACCUACCAUUCAGUGCCGGACCUAGAAACUGCAUCGGACAAAAAUUCGCCAUGUUGGAGAUGAAAUCAAUGCUCAGCUCCCUUCUACUUAAAUUUAGAUUCAAACCAUCCAAUGAAGAACUCCAAAUAGCAUCAGAAACAGUUCUAACAUCUCUAAACGGCAUUAACGUCCACAUUGAAACAAGAUAAACCCAUUAAUUAAGUAUAAAUAAGUAAGGUUAUUUUUAGAUUAUUAUAAUUAUCAUUAUCACACACAAAACCACAUUGAACCCAUUUUUAUUUGUACCAUCACCACAAUAAAUGAUAAAAUGUUGUUUUAUAUAACGAAAA